GCCGCAUCCUCAUCCUCGCUGCGAAUGACACACCUACCGACUACUUUGACCAUGCCCGCCAACACUGCGGUAGAGCGAAGACCGGGGCGAGGUCGAUGUCUAAUUGCAGCCAAGAACCUUGGCCUGGGUGACCUUAUCAUGGCUGUCCAGCCUCUUAGUGCCGUGCUCGAAGAAAGCCAAGCUCGGACGCAUUGCGCAAGAUGCUUCGAGAGCAUGGACAAACAACACAGCGGUGGCAGAGGCAGUCGAUGUUCCGGGUGUAGCAGAAUCUGUUACUGCUCACGAAAGUGUCAGAAGGCCGACUGGAGGGAACACCGUCCGGAGUGUAAGGCGUGGGCCUCGAACAGUUCAGCGCGCACACCGACGCGCACCCUCCGUCUGGCGGGGCGGAUCUUGAACGCGAUCAACCGCUCCGACAACGGCAACACCGGCAGUAUGGGCACGGUGAACGGAGGCGAGGACGACGGCAGUAGUCACGCGCCAAGCGUACGAGAGGCCGUCGACGAACUCGUGCACCACAACGAUGACAGAUCACCGGAGCAGAAGGAAGAGUACAUGCUUAUGGCCAAUUUUGUGGCUCGCCUCUGCUUGGCCGGCUGUGGCGAUAGCAAGAAGGGGUCGGCCUUGCUCUGGCCUUCGUCCCAGGGUCGUGGCCUACCCGGGUUGGUUGACGCAGCGUACGCUGUCCUGGGCAAGUUAUCAUGCAACGUGAGGAACCUGCGAAGGCUUCGCUCGAACACGCACGUGCUUUCGCCAACAAUCUCUCUAUUGAUGGCAUCAUCUUCACGCCAGGUGUUUUCCAUCGCGGAGAGUGCACUCAACGGCGAGGUUGGCUGUGGGCUGUACCUUGAAGCGGCGGCAGCAAAUCACUCCUGCAAUCCCAAUGCGGCGCAGUCCUUCUCCGGGAAGACGCUGUCGCUGCGCUGCACCCGCCCCAUCCGGAAAGGCGAGGAAAUCACGAUUGGCAUCACGCAGAUUCAGAAGCCUGGACCCGCUCGGAGGGAGUCCCUUCGGAAGACCUACUUUUUCGAAUGUCGAUGCGAGAGGUGUGAGUCACCAGAAGGACGUGCCGAGGAUAUGCGACUGGAGGCGUUUGCGUGUCCUGGCAGUGAGUGUACGGGGUUCUGCCUUGCUCCGAAGAAACGCGGCCGUGCGUUGGGAGAAAGCAGCAAAAGCUUCAGGCAGGAGAAAAGUGCAUCACCGUCAUCGUAUCAAGGCUUCGAAUUUCCACUGGAAGAAUGCAACGUGGAACCAAGCGAAGAACAACAAGCGGCGGGGUUAAACCUGAGCUCCUUGCAUUCUCCCUUGUCUGAGGUUGUGGCUGGACUUGAGACUGAGCGGGAAGGUUCUGCGCGCUUGACAUGCGAUGCAUGUGGGGCAAGUUCUCGUCCAGUGGAGGAGGCUCGGGCAGAACUAGCGAACAUUCAAGAGCUACUCAAUAGAGUAAAAGCUUUCGGGUAUGAAGGCCAGGCGUUACCGGCGAGGCGGUGUCUAGAGCAGGCCCUCGGAAAAGCGGCCCAUUCGUUGCACCGCGCAAAUUGGAUGCUCUCCGAGAUCUACGGUCUCCUUGCGAGCGUUUGCGUGGAGCUGCAGGACUUCGACGCAGCCGCAACGUAUGCGAGCGACGGUAUGGAUGCGUCCCGUGCCUGCCUGUCCGGCUUGAUGCCGUACUUCGAACCUUGGGGUUGCAACUUGGCCAUCACAGGCAAGCUCCUUUUGUACGUGCGACGACAGCCUGAGAAGGCGAUGCCUCUCUUACUAGAGGCCGAGGCCAGCAUCAAAGUCACGCACGGAGACCAGCAUUCGCUCUAUCGGGAGGUCCGAGGCAUGCUAGAUCAAGCCAAGGCCGAAAGUGGGCAAAGCACGGGUUACUGAUCAUCACGUUGCAUUAACGACAGUAUUAUCGCAGGUAACGGUUGGUUUAGACGUGUCGGCGUGGUCGGUUGAGGACUGUUGCCUCGAUGACAGAAGCUGGACUGCCUUAGGGUUGUGGUGCAAUUCGAGAGUGUGUGGGGAGAACAAAAUGAAACAUAAGGUACCGUCCGUGUUGCAGUUGCACCUGAAACUUCAAGAAACACCACAAUUUUUCGUGUC